AUGACGGACAGUGCACUUGCCUCGCAGAACGGCUCCCGAGUCGAUGAGCCUGUGAAUGCUCGCGCGGGAGACGUACGAACCGAUUCGCCGCCACGAGACAAUGCCGUGAUUGUCCAUCCGCAGUCGACAGCAGCAAAGCGUUCCGCAUGGCGAGUCCCGCUGCUUUUCGCUGGCAUCGCAGCUCUCCUGAGCCCGCUCGCGGGGUGGCUGCUGUCCACCGAAACACCAAUCGACCCAACAAACUAUGCACUGCGAACCAAACGAGUGCUCGAGACGACGCCUCUGAUCGACGGCCACAAUGAUCUGCCGUGGCUCCUCCGUGUAGAGCUGCACAAUCGAAUCUACGACGGCACCUUCGACCCCAACCAGCGCCUGCUUGGGCAUACCAACAUUGGCAGGAUGAGGCAGGGCCAGAUGGGCGGCCAGUUCUGGAGUGUGUACGUCCACUGUGACGCUGCCCAGAAACAUUUUGAGGAUCCUUCCUGGGUUGUACGUGACACUCUGGAGCAGAUCGACGUGACCAAGCGCUUCAUCGCCGAACACCCAGCGACCUUUGCAUACUGCGACAACUCGGCCUGCAUCAAGCCGGCAUUCAAGUCGGGCCGCAUCGCGAGCAUGCUCGGCAUCGAGGGCGGCCACCAGCUCGGUGGCUCCAUCGCCGCGAUCCGGCAGGCGUACGCCCUCGGAGCCCGCUACAUCACGACGACGCACAACUGCGACAAUGCGUGGGCGACAGCCGGCUCGUCGGUGGCGGCUGGCAGGCCCGACAACGGGCUCUCGAAACCCUUUGGCACCGCCUACGUCCGCGAGAUGAACCGGCUCGGCAUGAUGAUCGACCUGUCCCACGUGUCCCACCAGACGAUGCGCGACGUGCCCUCGCUCACGCGCGCGCCCGUCAUCUUCUCGCACUCGGGCGCCCACGCCGUGACGCCGCACGUGCGCAAUGUCCCCGACGACGUGCUGCGCGCGGUGCGCAACAACGGCGGCAUCGUCAUGGCCGUGUUCGUGAACCGGUUCCUCAACAUGAGGGACCCCGGCGCCGUGACUAUCCACGACGUCGUCGACCACAUCUGGCACCUCGCCUCAGUGGCUGGGUGGGAGCACGUCGGCAUCGAGUCAGACUUUAGCGGCACGCCAGUCGUCCCGGCGGGUCUCGAGGACGUGUCCAAGUACCCGGACCUUGUACAGUUGCUCAUGGCACGUGGCGCUACUGAUGCACAGAUCCGCCUGCUGGUGGGCGACAACUUGAUCAGGGUUUGGGGCGACAUCGAGCGACGCGGUCAGGAGAUCAGGGCGUCUGGCGAGAAGCCUGUAGAGGAGGAGUGGGAGGGACGCACGUGGCAUCACGCGUACAAGACCUCGCCUUACAUGCUGAGAGAGACACGAGGGAGAGCAGCCAGAGAGGACUGGGGCGAGCCGAAUCAGUUCAGUGUAGGCAAGUCUGGACAGCAUCAAGGGGCUGUCAAGGAGGACAAGCAUUUGUAA